CCGUACCAUCAUCACCAAUCAAGACUCGACGUCGAGGGACAUCUGAUCAGGUAGCGGUGAGACGACACCAUGUCUGAAGAUGAAGAAGAGGCAGUCCCGUCCUUCGAUGACGAUGCGCAAGAGGUCGCCUUUUGGAAGAGCAAGGCUCAAGCAUUGCGGGAGCUGCUGGAUGAAGCCCAUGUAAGCCUGAGGGACUUUGAGAUGAGCUCCAAGGAACUUGAGGAGGAGAUGGACAAGGAGCUCGCGCAGUCAAACAAGCAGCUGGAGGAGGCAAUCAGAAACAAUGAAAAGCUCAGCCAGGACAGAGAAGAGUGGAAGAGUAAAUACCAGUCUUCUCUACAUCAGAGAAAUAAAGAAAUCGCAGAGGCGACAAAGGAGCUUACCCAGCUCCGAGAGACGUCCAACAUCUACAGAAAGAAGCUUAGGGAUAUGGAGCUUGACAACGAUGGAUUGGAGAAUGCUGAAAGGAUGAUACGAUCCACCCUCGAGGAUGUCGAAAACCGAUACAAUCAGCAGAUGGAGCGGACGACUUUGAUGGAGCAGGAAAUCAUUGAGAAGCUGCAACUAGAGGAGACAAAUCAGAGAUUGAGAGACGAGAUCAGGGAGAUGAGUGAAGAGCUCAAUGUCUUGCGAGCGCGGGAACAACAGAAGCAAGGAACACCCAACAGCAGUAAAUCGCAGGAUAUGACCAUUGGCGAGCUAGUGGGCAAUGGGCCGAAGCCCUCUCGACGUACCGACUCUACGCGUACUUCAGUGGCUAUAUCCGAGCUGCCAUCGUCUAGUCGAGCGGGCGCUGCAACUCCUUCAAGACCGCGUACUUCCCUUGCACCCCGUGCGUCUGUCGUCCAUCGCCGCGCACCGAGCCGUGAUGUUGACAGUCCCAGUCUUGCUACUCGUCAAGCCAAAUUGGCAGCAUCUCGGAGCACUGUGCCAUCGGGCCGUGUACCUCCGUCCGAUCAAGUGCGAGCCUCAACCAAGAUGGCCCGCGAUUUGCACGAUAGAAUCGGUAGUCUACAGACAAAGAUCGGAACCUCCCUCCAACAAAAGUCUCGGAUACCCCGCCCCAGUCUUAAUCCCGGAGGCAGUAUGAGCACUCCGCUGCGGGCCAGCACCAUCUCCGGCGCAGCUGGAAAGGCUUCCGCCUCUUCUCCAGAUGCAGAAAGACAUAGCCAGAUCCCUCUACCCACGUCAAGCCUGCGCAAAUCCAUCGGAAGACCCAGUGCAAGACUGAGCAUGUCCCACGCCGCUGGAACACGAGAAUCGUCCAUGUCAUCCCUUCCUGCUGAUGGGCGGGCUUCUGGGGAUGCAAACCUCCCUCGCUCCAUGACGCCUACGUUCAAUUCAGCCCGUGCCAGACGGGCUACCUCAGAAUGGACGUCCGACACAUUGCAGCCCGGGAGGCGAGAAGGAGAGUUUCGGCCAGCCUCAGCUGCAAGCGCUUCUCUCUCACAGCGCUCAGCCUCGCCGCUGCACUUUUUGAAUACAGAACCACUGCUGCAUCACUCGCGACCACAAUCGCGGCCAAGUCUCGCUAAAGACUCGGUACGAAUAGCAAAGGCUACGCCUGACCCCACCAAGAGCACAGCAUCAGAAGAACGAAGCUCACAGCGGUCAAUAGCCGCAGGGGCGCGAUUCACACCUCGUCAGACUGUGAGCGGCGCGCGCUCUACUACCACGAGCAGAAGCUCUGUCGAGAUCGGCUCAGCCGACACUGUGGCGCAACGCAGGUCUGGACACGUUGACGAUCCUGUCAGCGGCCACCGUCCUGCCUCAUCAUUGUCGGGCUCGCUCGCCACGUCAUCAGAGCGUUCCUCCGUUUCGGCAUUUCGUCAAGAGAGACUACAUCGUAAUGGCCUCAGUGCUACUGCUGGACCACCUCCAGUGGCUCACACUGGGCUCAAGAAGAUGAUUGCUGCUCCAGUCGCAGCAGGAAGUGGAGCGCGGAGAAAUUCGGGAACUUUCAGCGGGCCGGUAAGCCGGCGUUCCAGCAUUGGUGGUUAGUGUCAACAGGUCUGGCCAGGCUACUGUCGUCUUAUUUUUGUCAUAUAUCCCACGACCUCUGUCACGAAAGCGACGCUUUUGCGCCUCACGCCCGUCUUGCGACUCCUAGCAUUAGGCCUUGUUGGUCUUGGCGCAAGUGCCAAUACGUGAUUUGAUCUGACCAGCAUAGUGUGCCAAGGUCUCUGCUGGAGGUGAGAAGCGUCGUCGUGCGGAAGGCGCUGUUCCUUUUCAUCGCAUCGUGUCGCGCUUGGUACAAAUUCAGUCGAAGCGGCGUGCUGCCGCUGUUCCCAAUCAGAUAUGCCUUUCCCGAU